CACGCCCACUCCAUACGUUUUCCUCAAAUUUCCGCAUAUUGUACCACAAUAGUUGGACAGGUUAAGCUGAUCCACACAGCGUUGCCUGGCUUUUUCUUGCUGUUGCGUUCACUGACUUUGACAUGUCGAGACUUUUCCUGAGCGCAAACCUGCGGAGAUGCAUCGUCUCUCAGAUCAGGAUGGGGUCUGAUCAGGUUGGUGAGCUGGGUAAGGGGGCAGGGCGAGGGGGAGGUGGAGGAGGCUCUGUGAGGGAGGCAGGAGGAGCACUGGGAAAGCGCGCAGCAGCUGAGGAGGAGCGGUACUUCAGGCAGAGGGAGCGGGAGCAGCUGGAGGCCCUCAGAAAGCAUCACCAAGAGGAGAUCGAUCACCACAAAAAAGAGAUUGAGCGCCUACAAAAAGAGAUCGACCGCCACAAGGGAAAGAUCAGAAAGCUUCAGCAUGAUGACUGAGGCGGGGAGGCUGCCACCAUUCCUCCUUCUCAGAGUGCAGUCACACAAGUCAGUGGUUGUCACAUUGUUGUUUUUUCUGGUCGAGGCUGGUCCCAGGGUCGUGACACUUCAAGCUGACAGUGAUGUGUCGGAGAAAACAAUAAAGCAGUCGAUUUUCUUCUGUUGUCAAAUUGUCAUUUGUUCACUCAGGGUGAUUGUAGGGCAAUAAUGCUAAACCCAGUAAGUAGUAUAAUGAUG